AUGGCUGAAAGAGACAUACAGUCACCAACAUCCGGGCAAACCAGCAACGAUUCUGAUGCCAACCCUGCGAGACGGCACAGUCUCAGAGGGUUUAGGCAUGGAAACAGACACCACCAAAAGGUCAAAUUCUCCGACGUUGCUGAUGAUGCGGGAGAGCCUCUGGUCGAGACAAGCACACACGGAUCUGUCCCAAUAAUCCGCUUGCCCGAUUCUGAGGAUGUAGCGGACCACGGUCUUCCAGCUACGAACUGGGCGGGAAUCACGAAUGCUGCUGCCGCUCAAGCCCAGGACCGGGCGAGUCGUCUCGCCAAUAGAUUAAGCCAUUCUCACACACAACCGAGACCACCCUCAGGAAUUCUUAUUUCUCAAAACACCACUCCCCAAACGUUGGCAUCUCCAAAUUCAUCUCCUCCUUCAAAGCCAUUGAGUGACUGGCUAGUCAAUGAAGAUGAUAUCCCUCUAGAACCACUCGAGAAAGACAAACGUCCCUACACGCUACAUGACGAAACUAGUGACGACGAUACAGAGAACGAAGACCCCAAAGCUCUGCACCGAGAUAAUGAGAAUAUUCAGGAGGCGAGACGACUCAUUAGAACGCUGACUAGCGGACCACAUGCGACGGCAUGGCAAGAGGAGUCCCGUUCCGGAGCAGAGACACCUGCAGUCGACAAGCACCUUCAUGAUUUGGAUUAUGUUCCCCCACCUGAUCAAUAUCGUCCCAGUGUCUUUGGCGCUCUUCUUGCUUCGAAACUGGCACAUUUGCAACGGAAUGGAGUUACACAUUCUACGUACCACGAAGACCCCGUCUCACAGCCACCCAACCGAUACUCUCCAAGAGGUUUCUAUUCCAAAAGCCAUUCUCGCGCGGGCUCUGAGAGUCAUGAUCAUUCCACACCAUCAUCUGGAAGAGCCACGCCUUCUAAAAGACCGAAGUGGUAUGAUAGAGAUGAUCGUGACCGUCACUCAACUGGAUCUCUGGCAACCUUAUUGGCUCAGGCAUCCAUGACUUCAACAGCAGCGGCUGUGCCUCAAAGCAGCAACUAUGUGCCUCGUCCGCCCUCUCAACACGCAAAGUCCUCGAAUGGCAUGAUUGCAACAGCGGUGGAUAUGAUCAAACACCCCGCAAACUAUUUCCAUCACAAGUCGACACCGUCCCUUCUGAUAGAUGAGGAGCGAGUCGUCCUAGAUGUUGCCGAGAUUAUUGCUUGCCGAAAGUACUUGAAGAAGCUCGCUCGGUGUCUGAUGGCUGUUGGAGCACCGACUCACCGUCUCGAAGAAUACAUGAAGACAUCAGCUCGAGCACUCAACAUUGAUGGCGAUUUUCUCUAUAUGCCAGGCUCGAUGCUUGUUUCCAUCAACGAUAGAGUUACUAUGAGCACAGAAGUCACUUUGGUAAAGGAGUCACAGAGCGUCGAUCUCGGAAGGUUCAGAGACGUCUUUGACGUAUACAAGUUGGUCAUCCACGGCAAAUACACCGCUCAACAGGGGACUGCUGAUCUAGACGACAUCAUGAAGAAGCGCGGCCGACAUCCUCUUCCUCUCCGGAUUUUCGCAUACGGUAUAGCAGCCAUCGCGGUGGGCCCAUUUGCUUUCUCCGCUCGGCCAGUUGACUUUGGUCCAAGUUUUAUCCUGGGAUGCAUCCUGGGCUGGUUACAGCUUGUGGUGGUAACCCGCUCGGAACAAUUCUCCCACGUCUUCGAAAUACUUGCUUCCGUUCUCAUCUCGUUCACUUCACGGGGCCUAGGUUCCAUCUACCACAAAGGGACUGCCGUGUUUUGUUUCUCGGCUAUUGCGCAAAGUAGUAUAGCCCUGAUCCUGCCGGGGUACAUGGUGUUGUGCUCUGCUCUGGAAUUGCAAAGUAAAAGCAUUGUGUCAGGGUCGGUCAGGAUGGUCUACGCCAUUAUAUAUUCACUGUUUCUUGGGUUUGGAAUCCUGGUCGGCACAGUCAUUAUGGGCCUCAUCUAUCCUCAAGCACAGAGUGACGUGACCUGUAAUAUUCCGGUUUGGUGGAACGAUUCCAAUCACGGGCCCAAACUCCUGUAUGCGAGAUUUAUCUGGGUACCGAUAUUUGCAAUAUGCCUCGCUAUCAUCAACCAAGCGAAGUGGAAACAAAUGCCGGUCAUGACUCUGAUCGCUUUCGUUGGCUAUCAAUCAAACUUCUGGAUCUCUACCAAACUCUCGAAUAACAUCCAGGUGGCCAACGCAAUCGGUGCCUUUGCGAUCGGAACAAUGGCCAAUCUCUAUUCUCGCUUCUUCCACGGUCUUGCGGCAGCCGCCAUGUUGCCGGCGAUAUUCGUUCAGGUCCCCAGCGGACUAGCCGCGAGUGGGAGCCUGGUGGCAGGCAUCACGAGUGCCGAUCAAAUUACUGGAAACGUGACAGGAGUAAGUAUCAUCAACAAUGGCACUGCGGGCUUCUUGGACGCGCAGAACAGUACAACCAGUGCGGACGUUUACGGCGGGACGAUUUUCAAUGUUGGGUAUGGGAUGGUUCAAGUGGCAAUUGGUAUUAGCGUUGGUCUAUAUUUGAGCGCUUUAGUUGUAUAUCCGUUUGGCAAGAGGAGGAGUGGACUUUUCAGCUUGUAG